CCAGAGCAAGCCUAUUGGGUUGCAAACAAUCGCAAACAUACGCAACAAUCUUAGCUUGACCAUGACGAAAAACCAGACUUUUAGGACCUCGGAUGUCCGCUGUGCCCUGCUCCUCUUUUUUUUCCUGAGCAGCAGCGUCCAAGGGAGGCAGUGGCAGUCCAUCGUGAACCACGACAUUGUGGACAAAUCGAACAUUGAUUCGAGCCGGUACGAGCUGGCGAUUGAGAUCGCUCCCCUGUUCAACCCGGAGGAAAAGAGCCCCACGGAAAUUCCGACGGAAGCUCCAAAGGUGACCACAACCACGGUUUGGACAGCCGGGGUCCCGACGUCGUCCCCCACCAAGACGCUACCAACAAACGGGCCAACCCUUGUACCAACCGCGUUCAGUCCCCAAAACAACGGAGGCUGUCAAGAGGGACUCAGGCCCUACGAGUUGCAUAUGAACGAUCAGUGGGGCGACGGCUGGGACGGAACAACAAUUACGAUCGAGGGAAUUUCCGAUCUCGAUCCGAUGGCUGCCGACCUCCCUACCGCUUCCAUGACGAACACGAACACGAACGCUGAAGGCGAAACGGUGGUUUCAAUCACACAGACGGUGGACUUUGAUACAUUCGAUAGCAACAAACAAACUGAUCCCCUGGGAAAGAUUUUCGAAGGCACUCUUUCACAAGGAUACCACGAUUUUGCCAACAUCUGCCUCCUACCCAAUCGGUGCUAUCGAGUCGUUACGUCGGGUGGUGAUUUCUUGGGAGAGGUCUCGUGGGACAUUCGACUGGGAGCCUCCUCGGAACCAAUUCUUUCCGGUCGUGCACCCACCGGAUGCACGUUUUCGAUCCCCGACGAACACGGCCAUCAUUUCUGCGAAAACACGUGCAGCGACACCAUGCCUGCCAGUGGCGCAGCCAACCCCUCCGAGCUGACGGACCAUCCCCAGCUCAACGAGGACGCAGCGGGAGCCGAAGAGGAGACCGAGUUCAUACAACCAGCAGGAACCGAAGAGCCGACCGAGGCCGCGCCAGAAACAGUGUUUAUGAAAUCGGGCACGCUCGACGGAGUUUCGGCAUCGGUGACGCCCGUGACGCAAUCGAUGCUUUCGGGCGGAACUAGCGCCGCCACGAGGAAUACACUGAAAAACUUUCAAUCUCUGAAUGCCGAGGACAGCAGCAACUAGAAGAAAUACAAGACUGUCGUUAUCUGUUCCUAACGGUAUCUUACUUUGACUCAACAAUUUGUACUCCAAUCAUUGUCUUGUCAGAAUGCAUUUAAAUUAUAUAAACAAAUGCUUUUUUA